CUUUGCGAAUGGCAGAUCCACCGGGUUGAUCUUGGAUAGUGGAGCAACACACACCACUGCAAUUCCAGUCCACGACGGGUACGUGCUUCAGCAAGGCAUUGUGAAGUCACCUCUGGCUGGAGAUUUCAUUUCAAUGCAGUGCAGGGAACUGUUUCAAGAAAUGAACGUUGAGAUCAUCCCACCUUAUAUGAUUGCAUCGAAGGAAGCAGUUCGAGAGGGUUCUCCAGCAAACUGGAAAAGAAAAGAGAAAUUGCCGCAGGUCACAAGAUCUUGGCACAACUAUAUGUGUAAUUGUGUUAUUCAGGAUUUUCAAGCUUCUGUCCUACAAGUUUCUGAUUCAGCUUAUGACGAGCAGGUGGCUGCGCAAAUGCCAACUGUACACUAUGAGUUCCCCAAUGGCUACAAUUGUGAUUUUGGUGCUGAGCGGUUAAAAAUUCCCGAAGGCUUGUUUGACCCUUCAAAUGUAAAGGGCUUAUCUGGCAAUACAAUGCUUGGUGUGAGUCAUGUGGUCACCACUAGUGUUGGAAUGUGCGAUAUAGACAUUCGGCCGGGCCUCUAUGGUAGUGUGAUUGUAGCAGGAGGAAAUACACUACUACAGAGUUUUACAGACCGGCUCAAUAGAGAACUCUCUCAGAAAACACCUCCAAGCAUGAGGUUGAAGUUAAUAGCAAACAACACAACGGUGGAGCGAAGGUUUAGUUCCUGGAUUGGUGGCUCCAUUUUGGCUUCUUUGGGUACCUUCCAGCAAAUGUGGAUUUCUAAGCAGGAGUACGAAGAAGGGGGAAAGCAGUGUGUAGAAAGGAAGUGCCCAUAAACCCCGCGACUUUAAGAACCUGCCUUCCUCUUGCUUCUAAUUUUUUUAUAGCUUUAGUAUACUCAGGAAUUGAAACUUUGUCUCUUCUGUAGGAACUUUUUGUGCAUCCUGAUUUUGCAGUUUUUUUUUUUUAAAAAAAUCCUAAUAUUUGAAAAGGCCAAACCUGUCCUGUUUCGCAGCACAUGGAUGCGUUCAUCCAUUUUAAAUGCAAUAACUUUUAUACAAACUUUAAAAAUAAUAAUUUUGUAUAAAUAUCUAUUUUCUGCAAAAGAAAUUCUCCCGGAGACUGAUCUAUAAAUUAUGGUUGUAAUUUCUUGCCUUUGGAUAAAGAUGGAAAAGAAAAAAGAAGCGUAUAUGCCUACAGAUUAGUCUUCCUUGUGCUAGCAUCAAUAAAUUU